AUGGCGUUGAUCAGAGGGACUCAGAUCAUGUCGCGUCCACUUGUCAGACUGCUGCCCUCAGUGCGAUCCGUAAAUGUUGGGCUGUGGCAUCGCUGUAGUGUUGCCACAGCACCACCUCACCGGCUCAAUCACCCUAACCCGGGGAAUUUUGCGAAUCGUUCACACGAAGAGCUUUCAGCCAUAGGCCACAAGGGAGGCAAAAAGGGGGGAAAGGCCACAGGUAGUGGGGCCCGUGGUAGGGAUACAGAGAAACAGCAAUCGAUGGCUGCGAAAGGUGGUCGCGCUCGUGGUCGGGGUAAGCCAGCACCGCUGCACGAGGAGACUGAACUAGAGGCCGAACAGCGCGGCCGAUCUCAUGAGCCUUCGGUGGUUGCCCCGGGAUUUGAAGAGUGGAAGACAUGCGCUUGA